UCUAAUCUUUUGGCCAUACGAAGGGAGGGGCUAUAUAAAACAGGAGCUACCAACUUCGCCCAAAUAGAGUUCUUUUUCGUAUUUCGGAAAGUGAGGCAUAACGAAAAAUAUAGAGCACCAUGACCACGAACGAUAAAAAUAGUGAAAAUGUCGAUCCUCCAGUUUCUGUUACUUCGAACUUUACCAAUUUUAGUAUAGAUCACAUUCUGAAUAGGGCUGGAGAAAAUUGUAAGCCGAAGGCGAGGAAUGAGUGCAAUGAGAAUGUGUUUCAAGGUGUUAAAUUGAGUUUAGAACAUUUUUCGUGGCUUCAGUGUACGAGAUACUGUCCUCCUAAAAUUCCAAGAAAUCAGAAGAAAGAUACACCCCAAAGACGCCAAAUGGGCAGACAUCCAAGAAUACCUUUCACAAGUCAACAACUUCACAUUUUGGAAGAAAAAUUUCAACAUACACCUUAUCUAACAGGUGAAGAAGUCAUGGAACUCGCAAAAAGAUUGCAAUUAGCAGAUAUAAGGGUUAAAAUAUGGUUUCAAAACAGAAGAGCCCGAGAUCGUAGAGAAAAAUUAACAUCAGAAACUAAUAAGUUGAGUCCAUCCAGUUCUCCCAAAUCCAGUCACACAGAUUUUCGAAAUUCAUCCUCAUCAUCUCAUAAUUUUCGAAUAUCUCAUUACAUGGAUGAACAUCCCUAGAGUAAUAUGUCGUAACUAUUUGUGCUGUGAAUUGUAAAUACAUAUAUCUGUAAAUAUAAAAAGUCGAAGUAUUUAUCCGAAUGUAAUAAAAUAUAAGAAAUAAACCAAAAU